CUAAGAUAGGAACAGAAAGGGACAGAGAUGGCAGCUGGUGGCAUGACCUCCCUUCAGAGGGAGGAACACCAUCUCUCAGAACUGAGGAUUGUGCUGCUGGGAUGGAGAUGUGCUGGGAAGAGUUCAGCAGGAAAUACCAUCCUGGGCAGAGAGGAGUUUGUGUCUGGAAUAAGAACUGCACAGUGUGUGAAGAGACAGGGUGAAGUAGCUGGGAGGCAGCUCACUGUGAUCGACACACCAGGCUGGUGUCACAUGUCUGUGAAGGAUACUUCAGAGCUGGAUAAACAAGAGAUAACGCGCAGUGUUUCUCUGUGUUCUCCGGGACCCUACACUCUCUUACUGGUCACUGAUAUGAGCACAUCAGUGAGAGAGAUGGAAAGGAGAUCAGUAGAGGAACACCUGGAGCUUCUCAGUGGGAGAGUCUGGAGACACACUAUAGUGCUGUUUACCAAGGGAGACUGGCUGGGAGACACAACCAUUGAGCAGCACAUUGAGGCUGAAGGGAAGGCCCUCCAGUGGCUUGUAGAGAAAUGUGGGAACAGGUAUCAUGUUCUCAACAAUAAGAACAGGGCUGAUGGCACUCAGGUCAGAGAGCUGCUGGAGAAGAUAGAGGAGAUGGUGGCAGGACAUGGUGGCUGUCACUAUGAAAUGGACAGAAUGCUCUUACAGGAGGUGGAAGAAAAGAGGAGGGCAGUGGAAGAAAGAGCAAAACAGAGGCUGAUGAAGGUGCAGGAACAGAGGAACGUUCUCAGAGCACUUUUUAAAGAGGAACACCAUCUCUCCGAGCUGAGGAUUGUGCUGCUGGGGUGGAGAUAUGCUGGAAAGAGUUCAGCAGGAAACACCAUCCUGGGCAGAGAGGAGUUUGAGUCUGGAAUAAGAACUGCACAGUGUGUGAAGAGACAGGAUGAAGUAGCUGGGAGACAGGUCACUGUGAUUGACACACCAGGCUGGUGGAGGAAUUAUUCUGCAAAGGACACUCCAGAGCUGGAUAAACAGGAGAUUGUGUGCAGUGUGUCUCUGUGUCCCCCGGGACCCCACGCUCUCUUCCUGGUCAUUGAUGUGAGCUCAUCAUUCACAGAGACAUACGGGAGAGCAGUGGAGGAACACCUGGAGCUUCUCAGUGAGAGAGUGUGGAGACACACUAUAGUGCUGUUCACUAUGGGAGACUGGCUGGGAGACACAACCAUUGAGCAGCACAUUGAGACUGAAGGGAAGGCCCUCCAGUGGCUUGUAGAGAAAUGUGGGAACAAGUAUCAUGUUAUCAACAAUGAGAAGAGGGCCGAUGUCACUCAGGUCACAGAGCUGCUGGAGAAGAUAGAGGAGAUGGUGGCAGGACAUGGUGGCUGUCACUAUGAAAUGGACAGAAUGCUCUUACAGGAGGUGGAAGAGAAGAGGAGGGCAGUGGAAGAAAGAGCGAAACAGAGGCUGAUGAAGGUGCAAGAACAGAGGAAGAUUCUCAGAGCACUUUUCAAAGGAGAGGAACAUUGUCUCUCAGAGCUGAGGAUUGUGCUGCUGGGAGGGAGAUGUGCUGGGAAGAGUUCAGCAGGAAACACCAUCCUGGGCAGAGAGGAGUUUGAGUCUGGAAUAAGAACUGCACAGUGUGUGAAGAGACAGGGUGAAGUAGCUGGGAGGCAGCUCACUGUGAUUGACACACCAGGCUGGUGGAGGAAUCAUACUGUAAAGAGCACUUCAGAGCUGGAUAAACAGGAGAUUGUGCGCAGUGUGUCUCUGUGUCCCCCAGGACCCCACGCUCUCUUCCUGGUCAUUAAUGUGAGCUCAUCAUUCACAGAGACAUACAGGAGAGCAGUGGAGGAACACCUGGAGCUUCUCAGUGAGAGAGUCUGGAGACACACUAUAGUGCUGUUCACAAGCGGAGACUGGCUGGGAGACACAACCAUUGAGCAGCACAUUGAGGCUGAAGGGAAGGCCCUCCAGUGGCUUGUAGAGAAAUGUGGGAACAGGUAUCAUGUUCUCAACAAUGAGAACAGGGGUGAUGGCACUCAGGUCACAGAGCUGCUGGAGAAGAUAGAGGAGAUGGUCGCAGGACAUGGUGGCUGUCACUAUGAAAUGGACAGAAUGCUCUUACAGGAGGUGGAAGAGAAGAGGAGGGCAGUGGAAGAAAGAGUGAAACAGAGGCUAAUGAAGGUGCAGGAACAGAGGAAGUCCCUCAAAUAUCUCUCAGAGCUGAGGAUUGUGCUGCUGGGAGGGAGAUGUGCUGGGAAGAGUUCAGCAGGAAACACCAUCCUGGGCAGAGAGGAGUUUGAGUCUGGAAGAACUGCACAGUGUGUGAAGAGACAGGGUGAAGUAGCUGGGAGGCAGAUCACUGUGAUUGACACACCAGGCUGGUGGACUGAUUAUUCUGUACGGGACAGUCCAGAGCUGGAUAAACAGGAGAUUGUGCGCAGUGUGUCUCUGUGUCCCCCAGGACCCCACACUCUCUUCUUGGUCAUUAAUGUGAGCUCAUCAUUCACAGGAGGACACAGGAGAUCAGUGGAGGAACACCUGGAGCUUCUCAGUGAGAGAGUGUGGAGACACACUAUAGUGCUGUUCACCAGGGGAGACUGGCUGGGAGACACAACCAUAGAGCAGCACAUUGAGGCUGAAGGGAAGGCCCUCCAGUGGCUUGUAGAGAAAUGUGGGAACAGGUAUCAUGUUCUCAACAAUGAGAACAGGGGUGAUGGCACUCAGGUCACAGAGCUGCUGGAGAAGAUAGAGGAGAUGGUGGCCAGAAACAGGGGCGGUUACUUCACUAUAGAAGAAAUCAGAGAAGGAAGUGAAUUAAGCUUGAUAAAGAAGCUUGAGGAGGAAUGGAGGAGAAGAGAGGAGGAGCUGAUAGAGAGGAUGUCGAAGUUGGUGGUCGACUCAGAGACAGAGGGAUCCACUCUGCCAGUCAGGAAGAGGAGGGGCAGCAUGGAGUGUCCCCCUUCUUUGAGUGGAGGGACUCCAGCCCCCUCUGAAGCAGGCAGCUCUGUGUGGGAUGCAGAAUUGGCUCAUGAACGGGUCAGAGGGAAGGUGUCAUGGUGGCUGAGAAAGAAUCAGCCAGAGAGCUCAGCAUCAUCUGGAUACCGAACAGGGAGCUCUGUACUGAGUGAGACAGGGAUGUCUGACCAGAUGAGACCAGAAGAGGACAGUGAUGCUGACACUCUGGAGGGUGACACAAACUAA